AUGUCCAUUUCAGCUCUUUACCACUACUUUCGCGUACCUGUACCGUACGCCCAGACUCUCGCUUUGCAGGAACGUAUACAUGCCAUCCAGCGAUCCCAACGCCAGGCUUCUGGGGGACACAAAGACAUCUUGCUUCUCCUGCAGCACCGACCGGUCUACACCGCUGGCCGGCGACAGACCGAAGAUGCAAUCCAAGACGAACGCACGAGGCUGACGCGCAUGGGUGCGGAUUUCGUGCGCACUGCGCGCGGCGGAGAAUUGACAUAUCACGGGCCGGGUCAAAUUGUCGGUUACCCACUGCUUGAUCUCUCGCGUCCGCGACCAUCUCAAUCUACGCCGAUGAUGAUCAGGGACUACGUCGAUCGCCUUCAAAAGAUUCUCCAAUCUCACAUUCUCGAGGCCCACGGAAUUAUGCAUGCACCGUCGGACAAUACAGGCGUCUUCCUCGACGCGCACACAAAAAUCGCGAGUAUCGGCGUGCAAGUGCGGCAUCGGUUUACAACUCAUGGAGUUUCUCUGAAUAUCACUCGAGAACCGCUGGCGUGGUUCGACGAGGUUGUGGCAUGUGGACUGGUCGGGGUCAAGGCUGCCUCCGUGGAGGGUGUUCUUGGCAAAGAGACAAGUGUCGAGGACGAGAUUCCUGGACUCGUGCGACGAUUUGGCGUGGCAAUGGAGCGGGAUUUUCAGCCAAUGGUGUUGGAGCAAGAAGAAGAAAUCGGAAAAGCGAUUGCCGAAUUAGAAGCAGAGGCUGCAGCCCUGCAGGGCUGGCCACGAACGCCACUAUAG